AUGCAUUUUUCUCUCAAAAGGCCAGGGAUCCCAGGCAGAAGAAACCAUGCCUGGAAACCAUGGAUGGUCGCCGUCACUGCCACAGCCAUCUUGGUGGCUUUGGCACUAAUUGUUGGUGUCCUUGUUUACUUUUUGGUGUAUGACCAGAAGACUCAUUACUACCAGGCCUCUUUAUGGAUUCCCAGUUUUGAAUAUAGCUCAGAUUUGUCCAAAGAGCAGUCAAAACCUCGGAAUAACCUGACACAAAGAAUCAACAAUGAGAUCGAUGUGAUAUUUCAAAGAUCCAGUUUAAAGCACCACUAUGUCAAAUCUCAAGUUGUCAAAUUUCGGCCAAGUAAUGAUGGUUUGAAAGCAGACAUACUGAUCAUAUUUCAGUUUUUCAAUAGCAAUGUGGGAACUUUGAAAAGACAAGCUGAUAGCAUUUUGCAUAUGAAGUUGCAAUCCAACCAGAGCUUCUUGAAGAGAGACAUUUCAUUACCUUAUCUUAGAGAAAUGAAUGCAGCACAAGCAGAGCAUAUUCUAAACAGCGGUUGUGGCUUGGGGUUGGAGUAUCCACCCACAGCAAGAAUUGCUGAUGGCAAACCUGCAGACAAAGCCUCCUGGCCAUGGCAAAGCAGCCUGCAGGUGGACAGGAUCCACCUAUGUGGUGCAUCUCUCAUUGGCUCCCAGUGGCUUGUGACCUCUGCUCACUGCUUUGACACUUACAAAAACCCCAAACUGUGGACAGUCAGUUUUGGAGCCACCCUAAGCCAACCACUGAUGACGCGAAGGAUGGAGUCCAUCAUCAUUCAUGAGAACUAUGCCGCCCACAAGCACGAUGACGACAUUGCUGUGGUCAAGCUCUCCAGCCCCGUCCAGUUUUCCGAAAAUUUGCGCAGAGUCUGUCUCCCAGAUGCUACUUUUCAAGUCAGACCGAAGAGUAAAGUGUUUGUGACUGGAUGGGGAGCGUUGAAAGCAAAUGGUCCCUUCCCCAAUUCUCUACAAGAAGUUGAAAUAGAGAUCAUAAGUAAUGAUGUAUGUAACCAAGUUAAUGUGUACGGUGGGGCUGUGUCAUCAGGAAUGAUAUGUGCUGGAUUCUUGACAGGAAAACUAGAUGCCUGUGAGGGCGAUUCUGGAGGGCCUCUGGUCAUAUCACGUGAUAGAAGUAUCUGGUAUCUUAUCGGAAUUGUUAGUUGGGGAAUAGACUGUGGAAAAGAAAAUAGGCCUGGGAUUUACACCAGAGUGACUCAUUAUCGGAACUGGAUUAAAUCUAAAACUAACAUCUAAUGCACCAGCCACGGUCUUAUCCAAUCUCGA